AUGCAAACCAAAUUUUCUGCUCUUAUUCCAGAACUUUUAAGCAAUAACCCUCAAGCACAAAAUCAAAAAGCCAAAGAUGCAUACUUCUGGCAUUCAUUUUUCCUCUUAAAACCAGAAUUUGCCGUUAUGCAGAACGCAUUAUAUUCGAAUUACUCGCUUGAUGCUGUUCGUGAUCUUAUUUCAAGAUGCAUCGAUACAAUAGCUGAUCAAGCUAAUGAUAAGGUCGCAAAAAUGAAAAAACUUAACGCUUCGUAUCUUUUAGUUCAGAUAUUCGAAUCACUCUGGCCAAGACUGAGAACAGGCACUUUUGGAGUUGAUGCAAUCAAUGUUUUAUGCGGUUUACAGCAAGCAGAUAGGUUUUUUGAUUAUCUUUUCAAAACAAUUUUGUCGCAACGUGAUUCUGAGAGCGUCAUAGUGCUUCUUUCUGUUCUCGUUGCCACCUGCGAUAUAGAAACAAACGCAUUAACAGAUUUCUUCAUAGCAAAAGUCGAUCAAAUUGUUAAUUUUUCAAUGCAAGCAUCCGAUUUACAUAUUCUCUUCUUUUCAUUAUUACUUCAGCUCGAACGUCCUAAUGGACCAUUCGCAGAUCGAUUUAGACAACUGAAUCCCAAAGUUUUGACGAUUUUUAAUUCGUUAGUUGCGAAUCUUCUUGCUAGAUGCACUCAACUCUAUGUCUGUUGCACUCACGUACAAACCUCGUUCUUCAAGAAAGUCUCACGCCCUGCCGCCGCUAAACUUGGACUUUUCAUUCCGUCGGAUUACGAAUUGCCAGCACAUUUCCAAAUAUUCGAACCUUUCGUUGAUGCCGCUGCACUUACAUUCCUCGAGCUAUCAUACUUAAAGCUUGAUUCUGUCUGCAUUUCCGCGGCAAUUUCAUUAUUUACUCAUAUCGAGACAGCUCCGGCCACGCCUCAUUCUGGAGAUCGUCUACAUUUACUACUCAUUGCUUUUGCCUUCCUUUUUGAUAAUUAUCCAGAAUCUGCCAAAUUAUCUUUUGAUUUUACCCAAUUCCACAGUUGUUUCAACGCUCUCGUCACUCCAUGCGUUGAAAGAUCCAUCGGAGCCAUGGUUCUCGAGUGCCUCUGCUUCCUUCUCAACCUUCCUAACAUAAAUGACAGAAUUCUCAGUAUAAUUGGCCGAACAAUAUACACAAUCAUGUUUAUAUUCGGCCAAAUAAGAGAUUUCGGAAGUGCAAACUGGAAAAACUUGUUUACAACGAUUUUUUCGGUUAUGUGGAAAUAUAAUAAGGAAGAAUUCAACACUUACAUGCUUAUUCUUGUUUCCAUGGUCUCCGCAUACCGCAUGGCCCUGUUCAAGCGCGAUGACGGCUACAUAGAGUUACUUAGAGCGCUUUCUCACAAUCCAGAUGUUUUAAACUGUAAAACGAAGCCAAAUGACGAAUUCCAACGCCCUGACGAACUUAUUGCACAAUGCAAGACACACGCGGAAGCACUUGCAAACUUCGUUCGCGAGAAGAUCACUCCAGAAAUGACAGAUGAGCAGAUAAACCACGAAAUUGGUCAGAUGAAGAAUCUCCAAAUUAUUUCAAAUGAAACUUUCAAAAUGCCCGAGAAACUGACUGAACACCCCAAGUUUUCACAGUUCUUGAGGGUCUACGAGAGAAAUCAUUGUGAAAACGUUCAGGCUUUGCUACAAUACGCAAUUGCUCAUCCUUGA